GGUACUUGAGAAACAAGCAAUUCACAAAGAACAAGUCCUAGCCUUUUCUCGCACCAUAACUAAACCCACCACCGUCGCCGGCCGCCGCCACCGCUAAUCCAUCGUCUUCAACUCGACAAUAGGUUAGUCAUGUUUAAGCUCAUUAAACCCUGUUUCUUGCUUAACUUUUUUAGGGUUUCAAUAUUCUUUCACCCAUUAUUACAUCCAGUUCUACCAUUGCACCAAUCUUGAUCAAUAACUGAAAUUUCGUUCAUUUCAUUCAUGACCCAUCUCAAUUCAUGUUGAAAUUAGGUUCUUUUCGUCCUCAACAUGCUCUGUCCCCUUCAAAUUUCCAAUCUUUUUACAAAAUUACAGCGUCUUUACACUCCAAGAUUCAAUUUUUAUCCCCAAUUAUGGAUACCCAGAUGAACUAUGAGUUACUAGAUUCAAUGCUUUCAUUUAACCGGAUGAUCGAAAGGACCCCGGUUCCUCCGGUUCGUGAAUUCAAUCAAAUCUUGAUUAAAAUUGCGAAAAUGAAACAAUACCCUGCUGCGAUUUCGUUGAUUUUGGACCAUGAUAUGUUAGGGUUUAACUCUUUUGUUAAACCGAAUGUGUAUACAUUUAGUAUUGCUAUAAAUUGCUUGUGCCAUAUGGGUCGGGUGGAUGUCGGGUUUUCGGUUUACGGGAAGAUGAUUAAACUUGGGUAUAAGCCGGAUUGCGCGGUGAUUAACACUUUGUUAAGAGGGCUUUGUGUUGAUGGUAAUGUUACUCACGCGGUUAAGUUUUUUGACGAGAUUGUGAGGAAUGGGUUGGAACCGACGGGGGUGACGUAUGGGACGUUGAUAAAUGGGAUUUGUAAAAGUGGUGACUCGCAAGGUGCGCUUCGGUUGCUUAAAGAUAUGGAGGAGAUGGACGUGUGUCAACCGGAUACGUUUGAGUAUAAUAUGAUUAUUGAUCGGCUUUGUAAAGAAGGGCAUGUGACUCAAGCGCACGAGAUCUUUUGUGAAAUGGUUUCGAAAGGGGUUUUGCCGGAUGUUGUGACGUUUAACACUUUGAUUCGAGGGUUUUGUAGUUUGGGUUUGUGGGAAGAAGCGAAGUUGUUUUUGGACGAGAUGCAAGAUAGAGAUAUUUUGUUGGAUGUAGUUACGUAUAGCAUAAUCGUUGACUUUUUGUGUAAGAAAGGCGAGGUUGACGAAGCGCGUAAAAUGAUCGAGUUAAUGAUCGAACGAGGUGAGAAACCGGAUACGUGUACUUACACUGCACUGCUUCACGGGUAUUGUUUGGUAGGUAAAGUGAGCGAUGCUAGAAAGAUUUUUAACAUUAUGAUAGCACAAGGGUGUGUGCCGAGCGACGUUAGUUACACCGCACUAAUGCAUGGAUGUUGUAUGCUUGGCAAAAUGAAUCACGCUAGAAACAUCUUCGAUAUUAUGGUCAAACGAGGAUAUACGCCUUGUGUUAUUAGCUAUACCAUCUUGAUUGACGGAUAUUGCAAGAUUAAAAAGAUAGAUAAAGCGUGGGAUCUCGUUAGCGAAAUGUAUAAAAAGAGAAUCGUUCCGAAUAUCGUGACGUAUACGUCUCUCAUCAACGGUUUUUUGCAUGUUGGAAGAUUCCGAGAGGCGUUUCUUCUUUUCGACGAAAUUCAAAAACAUGGUAUACUUCCAAAUAUUUAUACUUACUCUACUUUGAUCGAUUCUUUGUUGAAAAACGGGAAACUCGACGAAGCGUUUAAAUUGUUUAAAACUAUGGAAGCUAGUGGUAUAAUCCCCGAUAUCGUUCUUUGUACUAGUCUUAUCGACGGUUUGUGUAAAUCCGGAAAAAUCGAUGUGGGCCAUGAACUGUUUAAUAAACUUCAUGCUAGAGGCUUGCAACCUAAUUCUCGUACGUAUAAUGCUUUAAUGGGUGGUUUUUUUAUGUACGGUAAACUUAACGAUGCGAAAGACUUGCUUCAAGAAAUGAUGGAUGGAAGUUGCAAGUUGGAUGGUGUUACGUAUAACUUAGUUAUUCAGGGAUUUCUUCGAUAUAAUGAGAUGAAAUUAGCGUUAUCGUUUCUCGAUAGAAUGGUUGGUGCCGGUUUCUCUGCAAAUUCACACACGUCGUCAAUCUUAGUGCAUUUGUUGGCGACAAACGAGUUGGAUGAUGCUGUAAAAGACGUGCUUAAGAAGUUCUUUCGGUUUAUGAACAAAAAAAAGUUAUGUAUUUAGUGAAUGGAAUAUCGGGAAGCGGGCUCCGGUGAAUGGUUUGCCGUUCAAAAGAACAGUUUCGGUUGUGAUAUGAAUCUGUAUUUCUUGUGUUCAUGCUUGCCGGUUAUGUCCAACAGGAUCGGUGGUUAUAUUAAACACGGGUUGACUCGAAGAAGCCCCUUGAUGAGUCGUCACUCGUCUGAGUUAUCUCCUAUUUGGAGACUCGGUGAGCCUAUCGGUUUGUGACUUUUAGAGAUGACUUGAACCCUGAUGACUUGGAACAAGUAGUGAGAAAAAAUGAGGCUGCAAAAGUGUUUCUUUAAAGACAGUCGUAAAUGCGGAAACAAAUAAAAGUACUUAACUUGGAGACCAAUAUUUAUAUGCGCUUGUCGAAGACAAACGGAUACCUGAAACAUGACCAUUGCCGAUAUAUGAGACUCGAGAAGCUUCAAGACAUCAGACGGAUUCAAGAGAGCAACCGAGUUUGUAAUAACCUGCAAAACCAAAACCAAAAACAAUAUACAAUCUUGUAUAUAAAUUUUUUUGAAUUAUUUGUAUGAGGAUUUUGCCCUCAAUGACGUUAACCGUCUGCUGCUUUUAACGUUAUUUUCACAAAAUUAGUAAAAUAACGUUAAAAUUAGUUCAUCAAUAUCAUUAAUUCAUUAUCAACUUCAA